CACACAGAUGGCUUCCCUGUCUACGGAGUCAAAAGCCUUCUCAAAGUCCACAAAAGUUAUGUAUAGUGGCGACUGCCAUUCGAUGGAAUGUUCGAUAAUAUUUCGCAGUGUAGCGAUUUGGUCUGUGCAUGAUUUUCCCUGCCGAAAGCCUGUCUGUUCUUGCCUAAGUCUAGGGUAUUUUUCAGUCUCUCCAGUAUAAUUCUGGUCAGCAGCUCGCUAGGAAUGGACGAAUCAAGAGCUUUGCGAAGAUCAAAAUAAACCUCAGUUGACGAAAUCCGUUGCACACGACAACAAAUAGAGAAAGACAGACUGAACGAGGAUGCUUGUACUUUGCCCGCAGUACGCUCAGCGCUGCUCGAGUCAUCAUCCACCUGCUGGAACAGAAGGAGAAAACUGAGUCUGUCCUCAAGUGUCGGUCAUCAUGAGCUGCUCAUACAGCCUCGCGACCUUUGCCCUCGUGCUCGUCUUGAGAGUUGGCAAGAUUGAAGGCACUUGUACAGCCUCAGAAGUCAUUACUUUGAACAAGUGUGCUUUGGCUAAUCUGAGAACCUUUGCCAUUGCGUGGUCAGGUGGGGUGUGUAACCUCACUAUCAUAGAAAAUCAACUUUGUGAUGAUUUUGAGACCUUUGUCGACUGCUUCAACAACGCUGAUGUCAGCUCAUCCACAUGUCGACCUUACGCCAUCCAGCUGCUGAAUUUACAGUUUGAAGCCUACUAUUGUAAAGUGAACGACUUCGUGUCGCAAUGUUCCUGUGUGCCGGAGAUGAAUCAGGGAAGUGGCGCAAACAGCUUGAUGCACGGACAUGAGCUGAUGGGGAUGUUGCUGAGUCCAGUGGUUCCAGUCCUGGCAGCCUGGCUCGCCCGUGUAUAAGAAAUCGGAACAAGUCUAGUAGUCAGAUUUCAGUGAACAUUUCAGUACUAAACCUUUUGAGUUUUCUUUUGGAUUAACUUGUGUUUCAGUAUAAUUUGAAUAUCCAUCCUUACCCUGUUACUUCUGCUUAUGUCAUCAGAUACGAUUGAAAAGGUUUUGAAUAUUUAAAUAAGAUUGUUUUCUAGUAUCAUCUCAUUUCUGUGAGACAAACAAACACGAUCCUAACUGAUUUUCUUAUGUGGCGCUACAGUAAUAUAUAUCUUACCCUUCUUUGUGUACUGUUUAUUACAGCAGUUUCUCUUGGCCUUACUUCCAUCCAGUAGCAAUGUUCAAGUAGCUUGUAUUCAAAGGUUUGUGCUUAUCGUUUCGAUAUUUUAGCUGUGCCUAAAUCUGUAAAAAUAAAACUAAUGUAUGGACUUUGUCUGCUUUAGCAAUUAAGUAAUCAUAACGAAAGAAAGAAAAAAGGUAGUAAAGAGAGGACAGAAAAAAGAACAGAGAAGGAAAGAACGAAAUAAACAAUAACCAAAGAAA